AUGGGCAUCUCUUUCUCGAUUCCUUGUGAUCCGUGUAUAAACAAAAUCUCUAACUGGCUUGACGAGAAAGUAGGUUAUAUACAUAAUCUCAAGAAGAAUCUCACGGCUCUGGUGACAUCCAUGGAAGAGCUCAAGGCUAAGCGUGAUGAUUUGUCAAGAAUGGUCACAAGAGAGGAGGAUAGAGGUCUACAAAGGCUUUCAGGAUUCCAAGUAUGGCUUAAUAGAGUUGCGACUAUGGAAAACAGAGUCAGUGAUCUUCUUAUUGCUAGAACUGUUGAGCUUCAAAGGCUGUGCCUUUGUGGGUUUUGCUCUAAGAGUUUAAGAUCGAGUUAUCGUUAUGGGAAAAAUGUUUUCUUGACGUUAAGGGAGGCGGAGAAACUCAAAAGUAGAGAAUUUGAAGUGAUUGUUGAGCAAGCUCAAACAUCUGAAGUGGAUGAAAGACAACUUCAACCGAUAAUUGUUGGUCAAGAAACAAUGCUGGAAAAGGCAUGGAAUCAUCUCAUGGAAGAAGGAGUUGGUGUCAUGGGUAUGUAUGGUAUGGGCGGAGUGGGAAAAACAACGCUUCUCACACAACUCUACAAUAAGUUCAGUGAAGAAAGGCGGGGAUUCGAUUUUGUGAUUUGGGUUGUGGUGUCCAAAGAGUUGCAUGUAGAGAAGAUUCAACGUGAAAUCACUCAGAAAAUUGGUCUUGGUGGUGGAGAAGAGUGGGAGAAAAAGGAUAAAAAUCAAAAAGCCGAUGUUAUAUACAAUUUCUUUAGGAAAAAGAGAUUUUUGUUGUUUUUAGAUGACUUAUGGGAGAAGGUGAACUUAGCUGAGAUCGGAAUUCCGUUUCCAAUAGCAAAAAACCGAUGUAAAGUGGCAUUUACCACUCGUUCUCAGGAUGUAUGCUCGCGCAUGGGGGUUGAAGACCCAAUGGAAGUCCAAUGCCUAGCAGACAACGACGCGUUUGAUUUGUUUCAAAAGAAGGUUGGACAAAUAACACUAGGAAGCGAUCCAGAGAUCCUCAGCCUUGCAAAAGUCGUUGCUAGAAAGUGUCGUGGCCUUCCAUUGGCGCUCAAUGUCAUAGGUGAAACCAUGUCAUGCAAGAGGACCAUACAAGAAUGGCAUCACGCGGUAGAUGUUUUGACUUCAUACGCUAUUGAGUUUUCUGGCAUGGAAGAUCAGAUCCUCCCGCUUUUGAAAUAUAGCUACGAUAAUAUGAAGGAGAAGCAUGUCAAGUCGUGUUUGCUAUAUUGCGCUUUAUUUCCAGAAGAUUAUAGAAUUUCUAAAGAAACACUAAUAGACUACUGGAUAUGCGAAGGGAUCAUAGACGGAAGUGAUGGUAUCGAAAGGGCUGAGAACAAGGGUUAUGAGGUUAUUGGUAGUCUUGUUCGUGCAUCAUUGUUGAUGGAGGAGGUUGAACCGGAUGAAACAAAAAGGGUGUGUAUGCAUGAUGUUGUUCGUGAAAUGGCGUUAUGGAUUGCAUCUCACUUGGGGAAAGAAAAAGAGGCUUUCAUUGCUUGUGCAGGUGUUGGGUUAUAUAAAAUGCCAAAGGUGAAGAAUUGGAACGGUGUGAGAAGGAUUUCAUUGAUGAAUAACAGGAUUAACCAUCUCGCUGGCAGUCCUGAAUGUCUCCAACUCACAACUUUGCUAUUGCAAAACGGGAAUUUGGAAAGUAUCUCAAGUGAAUUCUUAAAGUCCAUGCCAAAGCUAGCUGUUUUGGAUCUAUCAGGUAAUCAUAUGCUCCGUGAAUUGCCUGAAGGAAUAUCAGAUUUGGUUUCUUUGCAAUAUCUCAACCUGUCAGGUACUGGUAUAAGUAAUUUGCCUCUGGGAAUGCAACAGUUGAAAAAACUAAUUCACUUGGAUUUGGAGAAUACACCGAACUUGGGGAGUAUCGCUCGGAUACUAAAGGUGCCUAAUUUGAAAGUUCUGAAACUAUAUGGUUUCAGAUUGUCAUUGGCUCUGUGCGGAGUGGAAGUGUUGGAAACAUUGGAAUAUUUGGAAAUUUUCAGCACAGGAAUCAAUCAUCGUGGAGGUCUAAAGAUUUUGGGAUCUGAUAGGUUGAUGAGUUGUACACGAUCUCUAAAGAUCAGGACUACGCAUCUGGAAUCAAAUGGACUAUCACUUCCGGUAACUAUGGACAAGCUUCGUUAUUUCAGCAUUCAUGACUGCGCUAUCCCUGAGAUAAAGACGGGAAGGAUAUGCAACAAAAGCAAGACGGUUUCUCCCCUACACAAUCCGAGAGAGCCAUGCUUCUUGAGCCUAUCCAAAGUGAAAAUAAAUAGUUGCAGAUGCUUGAGGGAGCUGACGUUGCUGAUGUUUGUUCCAAAUCUUAAAGAUCUUGACGUUGGAAAUGCAGAUCAACUUGAAGAUAUAAUAAGCAAAGAGAAAACUUGUGAAGGUGAAGAAACAGGGAUUGUUCCUUUUGCAAAGCUGGUUUUUCUCAAGUUUGAGUGUCUACUUGAGCUAAAGAAUAUCUAUUGGAGUCCUCUACCCUUUCCAUGUCUAAAGCAACUCAGUGUCUUCAGAUGUCCAAAUCUGAAAAAAAUUCCACUGGAUUCUCAAAGUGGCAUGCAUGGUGGAAACGGACUCGUCGUAAAGUACAAAGAGAAUAGUUGGAUUGAAGGUGUGGAAUGGGAGGACGAAGCUACCAAAACUCGCUUUGUAUCUUCUUGCGAACUGGUAUAA